CAUGGCGGCACAAUCGGCUAUGUAAUGAAUGAAUUUUUAUAUAAAUAGGUGAAUGAUGUCUCUUAAUGAGAUGACAUUGAGGCCUCAGCCUCGUUUAGAUUUAAAAUGGCUUAGAAUAGACCUGCAGUCUUUAUUUAAUUGCCAAGAUAGUUUAAUAAAUUGUUGGAAUGGCCUUAUAACCGAUGGAGAGCUUACUGGAAACUUUUCAGUGGGUUUGAUUAAUAGUGCAGGUGUUACAGCCAAACAGGGAGAAUUUGGCAAAUAUUACUGUGGACAAAGGGUAUUAACUUGUACCUGUUGUGAUGGAAUUUGUGGGCCCGAUAGUGGCUGUAAUUGUCAACCUUGCCAAAAACUUGAUGCAGAGGAAGCCUCUAAAAGAGUUCAAGAAAAUAUUCCAUUGCCCUCAAUGGAAAACCUACUAAAUAGAUGGGCAUGGGGUCCUCAACCAAGUGUGGAGAACCUUCAUAAUUGUUUGUUAAGUUUGAGUAACGAACAAAAAAACUUAUGUUCAGAUGCAGCAAAUUUGACAUUGUCAUCGAAACGACUCUCCUAUCGACUUUUAAUUUUCAAGAGAUAUUUUAUAGCUUUAAAUCGAAAUCCACAUUCUGUUGAUUAUGAUCAUGGACUAUUAAUUCAUAGAAGCAAUUUAGAAAAUAUUGAAGAAAAAUGGAAGGUUCUUAAUUCAGAAUCAGUUCAACCUCCUCUGGAUCCAGCCAUGAGCUUGGCAAGGGUUGGAUCCAGAGCAGCCUUGAACUUUUCUUUUGCUUUUUUAAGAAGGGCUUGGAGAUUAGGAGAAGAUAUAGACUUAUGUAGUGAGUUAUUGACUGAAUCUUUGGAAGCCUUGCAAAUGCUGCCUGUUGCCACUUUGUUUGAUCAAAAAAAUGUUUUUCCAGUAUGGAUGGAAGUAGUAGAUAGGUCAACAAAAUUUUUAAAACAAAUUAUUACUGGAGAUGUUAGUACUGGAAGACAGUAUUACAAUGUACCAAUUGAAGAUCAACACACCUCUCUUAAUUUAUUAUUGGAAUUUGCACUGCAAAAAGGAAAUUUAAGUAGCAUUUUAGAAAUUGUUCUAUUAUUAUUAAAUCUAUGGGAAAAACAAUCUAAUUUUGGUGACAAUAGGUCAAUCAUAGAUGAACCCUCAGCUCCUCUUUUACCAUUUAUAAAAAGAUUUUCCGAAAUUGAACCAGUAAAAUCACAUGUUUUUCCUAAGGAAGAAAUCGAGGAAGUUAAUUAUUGUACCAAAAUAUUUUUAGAUUUCAUGGAUUUGCCUGAGGUAGAUAGUAUGGAAAUAGAUCUUAAGCAAGCAGCUGUUUUUGUUAUGGCACACUUAGACAGAUUGGCAAUACCUCAUAUACCUCCUUUAUCUUUAACGAAGUCAAUUUCGUAUUACACUGGUCAGAGAGUAUGGGGAUGGGGUGGUCUUUCUUGGAUUAUGGGAUAUGGUCCACAAAAUUGCGAAUCUCUUUCUGAACUAACUGUACAACAAAUUUGUUGUUCAGAUAGAAAACUUUUAUUACUUACUAGAAGUGGAAAGGUGUAUUACAUGUACUAUACAUCAGAGACUCAAUGUCCACAAAUUGUGGAAGGAUUAAAAGAUAAAGAAGUGAUUAAAAUAUCUGCUCAUGCAGAGGGUAAACAUUUUAUGGCUUUAACUAAGAAUUUGGAGGUGUAUUCUUGGGGAUAUGGUGAUGGUGGCAGAUUAGGACAUGGAGAUAACACUUUUAAAGAAGAACCUACAUUAAUAGAAGCUUUGCAGAAUCUUGAUAUUAUUGAUAUCGCAUGUGGAGGCACAUACAGCGCGGCUAUAUCUCUCACCGGACGCCUGUACACAUGGGGACGCGGCAACUACGGUCGUCUCGGCCACGGAAAUUCCGAAGAUUGCACGGUGCCCACGCUGGUGAACGCCCUGUCCAACUACUUUGUGCGCAAGGUGGCGUGCGGGGCGGGCGAUGCGCACACCCUCUGCGUCACCGCUGACGGGAGGGUGUGGUCGUGGGGCGACGGCGACUACGGCAAGCUGGGCAGAGGCGGCUCGGACGGAUCCAAAGUGCCCCGGAUCAUUGAGAAAAUGCAAAAUGUCGAGAUUGAAGAGGUGUAUUGCGGCACGCACUUUAGCGUGGCGCUAAGCAAAGAAGGUCAUGUCUAUACUUGGGGAAAGGGUGAGGGCUGGAAACUGGGACAUGCAACAGAAGAGCACAUUCGAUUUCCAGAAAUCGUCGAAGCAAUACAAGACAAAACAAUAGUCUCAUUAAGCGUUGGUAUGACUCACGUUCUCGCAUUAACAGACAACGGUGAGAUAUACGGUUGGGGCAGUAACGAGAAAAAACAGAUCUGUGAUAGCAGUGAUACUUAUGUCAGGCAACCCAAACCGUUGGAGGCUCUUAAAGGCCAGAAGGCUGUAGCUGUGUGUUGCGGAAGAAAUCAAAGUUUUGCUUGGAGCGAUGUAAAUUCCUAUACGCCGAAAGUUUCUGCCCCUUUCGUUAUUGAUCUCACGGAAAAUACAUUCAAGUACAUUGAUCAAAUUUUGGAAAAAGUCAUAACUGCAAAUCCUUCCACUCAAGACAAGGAAUGUCUUGCUAUAUCAGCUUUAAAUUUACUUCAUUUACAGUUACACAGUAUUAUUAUGAACAACAUUGAUCCAAAAUCCCUGGGUCUGACUCCCAACGGAAAACUUCUGGGAAACAUUAAAAUGCACGUCGUUCAUUUAGCGAGCGCAGUCAAUAUUUUAACCACAAUCCAGGAGGCGGCGCAGGCAGCCCUUCAAGCCGGUUGGUCGGUUUUGCUGCCGACCGCCAACGGAAGGGCGCGAACUCUUAGCUCUUUACUUUUAAAUACAGAUGUUGAACCAAAAAUGUGCCGCUCCGGUCAUCGGUUCAUGACCGAUUUACUGGUGUGGAGUUUAAUGGCCGACGGGGGACUCGAGACUGCCUUAGAUGAGGCCCUGGGGGUUGAUAUUUCUGAACUUGCCAAUUCCGAUGAAACAUUAGAUCAGUCACUAUCCACUCAUAUAACCAUUCCUUUACUUUAUCUUGUCCGGCAAUUAGUGAGAAACAGCAGUAAUUUAACUCAAUCAUCGCUAAAAGAAUUCUCCGCUUCGGGUAAACUGCCGCAAAAGAACCAAGGCGUGUCGCCAAGUUUGAAAUUGUUGAAAAGAUUUCAGCGAUUGCUAAUCGGUAAAAUUUAUCAAAAAAAUCAGGAAACGCAUGAUGCUGCCGAAACUUUACUGGUAAAAUAUCUUGAAUGUUUUACUAGUCACAUCUGCACUACCUUAAAUAUGGCACACGAUGUCGCUCUAACAACUCCAAAAAAUUUCUUAUCGGUUAUGCAUAUCAUAAAGUAUGAUAUUAUAGGACUGCUUUUACCAGAACUAAUAGUAAGUUUGAUCCUUCUGGAGCAAGAAGUUUCAAUAUUUCUAAGUUCGAUCGAUUGGAUUCACGUUUUCGAUGAACUAAUGAAAUCCAUCGACAAACUUUGCAGACUGUCGCCGGACGUCGAACAUUUCGACGCCGACGAUAUCGCCUGGCCCGGGAUAACUCAAACGGGGGCCCAAACUUUCCCGCACAAAAUCCACGAAGAGCUGCCGUUAAUUCGGAAAGCCGACAUAGACAACCACAACUUGGACGGCGGAUUGUGGCUCAUAAUCAACAACAGGGUGUACGACGUGCAGGAUUUUCGUUGCGAAAACGCCGCUUUGCAGGAAACGCUACAGAAAUAUGCGGGCAAAGAUGCCACUCACAUUUUUAACAGCUCCUCUCAACACCACGGCGUACUUUUGCAAAUGGAGAACUACGUCGUGGGAAAUUAUUGUCAGCCUGAAACCGAGGCGUUGCCAGUUAAUUUGGACUCGAUGUGCGUUUGCGGUACGCUCUUGGAUGCUGAAAGGAAUUUGGGAUAUUUAUUGGGUUUGCAUGCUCACAAUUUGAGACAAAGUUUACCGCUGCAACCUGAAGAAAUAGAGUCUAGUCAGUGGUUAAAAGCCCAAUUUUUAACAGGAGGAUUACAGAUUGUUCAACCUCCUAAUCCAUAUGAAGAAGAAAAAGGAGAAUCUCGAAGCACAAACUCAACAGCCGAAAACACUCCAACUGAGGCAAGAGCCAACAUUUCCCAAAAGGUAUUAAAGAACAGCCAAACCCCGAUGGACCGAAUAAAUGGUUUUAUUAAUGCUUUAGCAGAAAGUCGACUAUCGGAUUCUUAUGUUAUAGCGUUUUUGGCUAUAGUAGAGCAGCAUUCAAAGCAAAAUAACUAUUUGCAAAGGGUGGAUUUUUCAUUUGAACAUCCCAUAGAAGAGAUUGGUAGAGUUCUGUGCGCCGUUUUGUUGAAGCAUUUAGGACUGGGCUAUGUUUUAUUACCAAUUUUAGAUGCAUAUAACAGUCAACCAAACUUAAAAAUACCAAAAGCGAUUUCGGAAAUGUUAAAAUUGGUUCACACUGCCAAGUGGAAUCUUAUAAAAACACGACAAGAGGUAAACAAAAGUUACAAAGAAAUAUGCAUACCUCUCCUAGAAAAAUGUCGAUUUCUAUUGUACGAAGUCAAACCAGCCAUAAGCACUGAGACGGAAGCUUUCAAAAAAGUAAAUGUGUUGUACAAGGAACCAAGAGUCAGAACUCUGGUCAGAAAGGUAAUUAAGGAUCUAAAAUGCGGCAGACACACUUCUGAAAUUCAAAAACCAGAGGACAUAGUUAACGCGACGAUACAAUCACAAAGCAUUGAGAAACAUAAAUCCAUGGAGGACAUUAGCAAGUCCACAAUGAAGAAGACGUCGUCCGAUGGAAAAAUUUCGGAAUCGAAAAGCGAAACCGACGACGUGAACAACGAAAUUAAGAACGGAGCCCAAAAGGCUGCCGUAGAAAGCCGAGCGAUGUCGGAAUCGUUAAACAAUUCCUCGAACACUUCGAAACCUGACCAAAGAAUCACAAGAAAUAGCACGACUGACUUUAAGACUGAGCUGGAUGAGAAAUGGACUGUUAAAAACGUGGAAAGUCUGCCGAUUAUCGAGCAGGUUGAAGAUAAAGAGAAAAAAAUUGAAUCACAAAUUGCUUUAAAUAAUAUAAUCUGCAAGUUAAAUGAGAAGAAGAUGAAAAAAGUUUGCAGCGAAAAUAUAGGACUAAUGAAUUCCAUAAGGGAUUUUGUAUUACAUGCUACCUGCGAUGUGGAAAUAUUAAGAAAAAUAAUGUAUUAUCAAGUAAAACGUUGUAAACUAAGAAAACAAGGGUUGGACAUGAUUAAACACCUUUUAAAUUCCAAUUUUAUUCUAAAUUCCGUGAGAUAUUCCAUAAUAAACGGCUAUUUGGGAUUAGAUAAGGCCGACGAGUACAUGUGUCACUGUUUAGAUGAAGUAAAGCUUGUAACUCCGUUUUUGAAGACUGAAUUGCUUUUUUCCCAACUUGGCAUUACUGAAUGGUGUAUCGAUACUUUACGCCAGUACAUACUAAGAGACAUUCCAAGCAAAAGCGGCAAAACCAAGGGUACCAAUGCUAAGGUAAAUUUAAAUUUGGGAACGUACACACUUUUAAGGGAUAUACCUAGGGCCAGAAUGCUUUUGGCCAUUAUAGGUAUCCUUUCAUCGAAUAUGCGUUACAACGCGAUGGAGUUAAGCCCGUUGGUAAACAGCGGCGUAAUCAGUUCGGUUUUGGCAUUGCUGAAACAAGCCGGUUGCGAUCAAAGUAUCGUUCGUAAGGUUUCGGAAUUUUAUGUUCUAUACGCCGAUAUGAUCGAAAACAACAAACCCAGAUUUGCUUUCGUAACCGGUCCAGAACUUGCCAGUUUAAUGAAGUUAGGUACCAGGGUUGUUAGAGGUGCGGACUGGAAAUGGGGAGAUCAGGACGGGAAUCCCCCAGGUGAAGGUAGAGUUAUCGGAGAACUGGGAGAUGACGGAUGGGUUCGUGUAGAAUGGACCAAUGGUACCACUAAUAGUUAUAGGAUGGGCAUUGAAGGUAAAUACGAUUUGACACUAGCAUCUCCGCCCUCCCCUGUAACCUCAGACACUGAAACCGAAGAAACAAGUGAUCAUGCUUCUCAACUAAUAAAAGACAAUCAAUUGAUCAAACUCUUACGAAACUCAAGUAUUAAUUUCCUUCGAAUACUCGCUAUAAGUGCAGGUGUCUCCAAAGGCAAUCUUCAUCAAACGACCGUACAUGGUAUAAGUAGUCUUUUUUGUUCAACUUUGACCUUUGGUAAUUCAGAAUGGUGCAAUUUAACUUUAGUCAGAAGCAUCGCUCAGAAUCAGCAGCUUUGCUUGGCUUUUAGUACCAAACCGUGGAUUAACAUGCUGUUAGAAUUCCUAUCGGUUAAUUCUCCAUCCAGCGGCAAUGAAGUGAAUCUACCAAAACAAAUUUUGACUGUGCGUCUCUUACAAACCGUACUUCAUAUGUGGGAUAUGGACAACUCCGAAAUUCCAAACAUUCUAGAAAAACUCCUAACCAUUUUAGGGAAAAUAAUACUUACUUGUUCUUACGAUACCGGCAACAAACCACUAUCUACCGCAAAAUCUCUUGUACUGUUAACUCAGUCCCACAGCAGCACAUUGGCCCAAGAGAUCAUUAGUCUUUUGAGGCACCUACACGGUCUUGUUGGAUGGAAUCAAUAUUUAAACGCGAUGCUUGUGCAAAAACUUAGUAUUGCCACUUACUUUUUAAGUGACGCGUGUCUUGUAAAUAUGAUGAACGACAGUUUAACGCCCGAUCAACAACACUACAUGGUUCUUGCUUGUCUCAAUAUUAUUGGUGCUUGGGAUGACAGACCAAGAACUGGAGCAAUUGCUGAAGUGGAAAGUCUUCAAGGAACAGUAAUAAGAGUUACUCCUAAAGGGAAAUUAUGCUUGCAAAUCCACGAAACCGGAGAACUUAAGAAAGUCCCACUAAACGGCAUAAAGCUAAUACCUCCGGUCGAAUUUAAUUUUGAUCGGAUGCUACUGGGCGAUAAUUUUGUCAAAACUUGGGCUAACUUAUUAUUAAUUCGACAAAGUCCCUUCAAUAAUCACGAUAGAAAAUCGUUCCAUGGACAAGUUAAUGCUGGCUAUUUGAGAACGCAACAAAACAUUCUUGGCGCGUUAAACGCUACCAGAAUAUUACAUACUAAUCAGUACAAACUGAGAAAGAUUCUCAGACAACCUUUUAAUGGAAUGGAUCAAUCGCAAGAGCAUCAAUCGAUCGAAGAAGAGCUCAACCAACAACCGGUUAUGUUGGUACAAAAAUUGUUAAGCAAAGCCACCCAGCCCAGCCCCCUUAAACCCGGAUUCACGUUGCAAGAAAUGCAACUGGCAGCGUUAAACCUUAGUCAGUAUCUUGCUUCCGAAGGCAACUUUGAAACGCCAACUACGAUCACAAACGAAAAACCCAACCAGGCCAGAUCAAGCACAAGCAGAUGUGCACCCAGCGAGGUUGUCACGCCGAACAGCGAAUGCUCGUUGAAAAGCGUGGUCGACGAAAAGGUGAAAAAGCAAAGCGAACUUGACGAGGAUAUUUCCACGCAUCCCAUAGUCACUCAGAUCGUCGAGAUGGGCUUCACGAAACGCGCCGUUGAGAACGCCAUGAAGUCCCUAGCCAUCGGACCCGAGUCCCUUGUAACUCCGGAAACCAUCGUCGGCUGGUUAUUGGAACAUCCGGAUUAUGUGGCCGACGACAGCGAUUCUGUUAGUUCUGCGUACGACAGUGAUUCCGAGUCGUUAUCAUACGAUAAUGCCAUGAACGCCCAGGCUCUAGCCCCAUACGCCGACGAUCCAAAUAAUUCCAGACCGCAAACAUACUGCAGACGAUCUCAAUUUUUAUCCAACGACGAAUACGCAAUGUAUGUGCGUGACAACGUAGAAGUUGGAAUGCUGGUGCGUUGCUGCAAAAGUUACGAAGAAGUUCAAUUGGGCGACAUAGGAAAAGUAAAUAAAAUAGACAGAGAGGGACUACAUGAUUUAAACUUACAGAUAAAUUGGCAACAUAAAGUGAGCACAUACUGGGUGCGGUUCAUACACGUGGAACUAUUAGGUUUCCCACCUUCUCUUCCGACUCCGUCCACCAUAAAGGUGGGUGACAAAGUGAGAGUGAAACCGAACAUAACAACUCCAAGAUACAAAUGGGGCUACGUGACCCACGACAGUAUUGGCAUCGUGACAGGCAUCUCUCCAAACGGUCACGAUUUAACGGUCGAUUUUCCCAAACAACAAAACUGGACUGGGUUCCUUUCCGAAAUGGAGAUAGUUCCUUCUUGUCAUGAUGGCGUCGGUUGCGGUGGAUGCGGCGUUAACCCCAUAAGAGGACCGAGAUUUAAGUGUAAAGUUUGCGAGAGCUACGACCACUGCGAAAAUUGCUUUUACACCAGAAAAGUUCACAGACAUGCAUUUAACAGAAUUAAUGAACCAGGUUCUCCUGAGAUAUACGCUGGUAAACCCGGUCGGUACUAUAGACACGACACUUUAGAUACGGAAGGAGAACUAAUAAGCGAAUGGGGUCGAUGCGUUAAAAAUGUUACCGUAUCAUCGCAACAUGCUGCUAGAUUUGAAAUUCCUGGGUCGUUGUGGCAAAGUUUAGGAACUCAAGGAAAACAUUGGAUUCGACUGGAAAUUUCUUCAGAUGUUAUAAUAAAAAAUCUACGAAUGGGUGUAGAUCCAGCCGAUAACAGCUACACGCCUUCUCUAAUUAUUGUGAACGGUGGAAACUCGGUAAAGUCUCUUCAAGAAUUGAGCGUCAUUAAUGUGAAAUCCCAAGAUACAUCUGUCAAUUUAUUAUCCAAUCUGGACAAAUAUUAUCCCGUCAUUGAAAUAAAUAUUGUUAAAUGUAGAAAUAGUGGCAUUGAUUGUAAAGUACAUGGCAUGUCCAUAUUGGGCAUAAAAAAACAUUCGUUCGGGGAAUUAAAAACAUCGGUUUCCUUUCUGGCUAACGAUUGGGAUUUAAAUCAGGACCAUAACAUGGGCCCCUGUUUGGUAUCAAUGUCCCAAGACCUAAACGAUGAUUAUUCGUCAACACCAUCUAGCAGCUGCAGAGUAUUCGUCUGGGGUCUAAACGACAAAGAUCAGCUUGGGGGUAUGAAAGGCUCCAAAGUUAAACUUCCUGUGCACUCUGACUUUCUAAGCCAUUUAAGACCAAUACAUAUCGCAGGCGGAUCUAAGUCAUUGUUUAUAGUUUCACAAGAAGGAAAGCUGUUUGCUUGUGGCGAAGGUACAAAUGGUCGCUUAGGUUUGGGUCACAACAAUAACGUACCCGCACCAAGACUUAUACCAUUUUUAAGUCAAUACGUCAUCAAAAAAGUUGCCGUACAUUCGGGUGGUAAACACGCGAUGGCGCUUACGUUGGACGGGAAGGUGUUCUCAUGGGGAGAAGGCGAAGAUGGUAAGUUAGGUCACGGCAACAGACUGAACUUGGAUAAACCAAAAAUGGUGGAGACGUUGAGAAGCAAAAAAAUCCGGGACAUUGCGUGUGGGAGUUCGCAUUCUGCAGCCAUCACUAGCAGCGGGGAACUGUACACGUGGGGAUUGGGCGAGUAUGGUCGUUUGGGACACGGCGACAUCGUCACACAACUAAAACCCAAACAGGUUAAAGCUUUAAUUGGGCAUCGCAUUGUUCAAGUCGCUUGCGGAAGUCGCGAUGCUCAAACGUUGGCGUUAUCAGACGACGGAAUGGUGUUUUCUUGGGGCGACGGUGAUUUCGGAAAACUCGGUCGGGGCGGAUCGGAAGGCUGCACAACUCCGAACAACGUCGAAAGAUUAAACAACCUGGGAGUGAUACAGAUUGAAUGUGGCGCUCAGUUUUCUUUGGCUCUCACCAAGGCCGGUGAAGUUUGGACCUGGGGAAAAGGGGACUACUUUAGACUUGGACAUGGGUCAGAUCAACACGUUAGAAAACCGACUGUAAUCGAAUCCUUGAAAGACAAAAAAGUUAUACAUGUGGCCGUGGGGGCUCUUCAUUGUUUGGCGGUGACUGACACAGGACAAGUGUUUGCAUGGGGCGAUAAUGAUCAUGGCCAACAAGGAAAUGGCACAACCUUGGUAAACAGAAAACCUGCAUUGGUUCAUGGCUUAGAAGAUGUGCAUGUAAAUAGGGUUGCCUGUGGAAGUUCACAUUCUAUAGCUUGGACCCUGCAUGACACUCAAACUGUGUCGAAAAUCGAACCAGUAAUAUUUCCGGUGGCCAAAGAUCCUCUAGGGGCAUCGAUUUUGGGAUUGUAUGAUGGAGAAAAAGUCACCAACAGGAUGCCAAAUAAAAACGCACCGACAUUAAGCAGUAUUGUUAUGUCAUUGGAAAGCAAUACGGCAAAACAACAAGCUUUGCAGCAUAUUUUAAAUGCUAUGCAUAUUCAACAACUUCGGCAAGCUUUGGUUAAGGCACUUUGCAGCCACACAAACAUUAAAAAUAACAUAAGCAAGCCAACUGGUACACCUGAUACACCCAUUUCAACCCUGCCAAAUAAAGAUGUUGAAAUCGCUUUUGGAGGUGGUGAAGCUCCGGUUUCUCUUGCUGAAAUUGCAGGAAUAAACUCCCCCAACCCGACAUCCCCGGACACGGAAGAAAAUCCGAUGGCAUUAAUUCAAUCGAUGACUGCUAGUAGUUGUUCGGCUAGUAUGAGCUCAAAGCAUUCCCGAAUGUCCACUAGCGCCAUGUCAGUUAUUGCGGCCACCCUGACGUCGCACGCCGAAGUGAUAGGCGAAGGGGGAGUUUCCUUGCUUGACGAGUUUACAUCGCUUCUAAACGAAAAUGAUGCUAGAUUACUUGUGGACUUGUUGAAACUAGCCGUUGCAGAUAGAAUUGAAGACGACCAAGCGAAAGACAUUUUGUCUUCGGUAUUGAUAACCAUGGGCAGUUGCAAUAGUUCAAUUGGAGCAAUGCUCCUAGAACUGUGCGUCACGGAACUUGAAGACACUUCGAAUAGCACCCAAACCUUAUCAAGUAGCCCUCAUCCGGUCGUACAAGAAUCUAGUCACCCAUACAUCGACGAUAUAACUUUAAGAGGUCACGUGCGACUUCCCGGAGCCGACGCUCUCAGAGUCGAGUUCGAUCGAAGAUGCUCGACGGAACGGAGGCACGAUCCCCUACAAAUUACAGAUUCCUCGGGAAGAGUGGUGGCCACUAAAUCUGGCAGAGAGUGGACCGAUUGGUCGUCGGAACUGCGGAUUUCAGGCGACGAGCUGAGAUGGACCUUUCAAAGCGACAGUUCAGUCAACGGGUGGGGAUGGCGGUUUACGGUUUAUCCGGUGAUCACGAACCGCGGAAUCGGUGAAAUCGGUUCCGAUCGCGCCGUUUUGAGUCAACCAUCUAUGGACAUGGUUGUGUCUCUUUUAGAUCCUCGACUGUAUCCGGCAGCAGAUGCAGCACUCAUGUCGCGAUUGGCGGCAGCCUUGGCUUCAUGUUCACAACUAAGUUUCUUGUCUCCUGCGCAACGGAUGUGGGCUUUACAGAAGCUUCAUAGACUUCUGGUUGAAGACGAGGCCAAUGCGGAAGCGGUUACCCAGCAACUCCAGCAACUCAAAGCUCCCGACAGCGCGCUUGGUAGUUUGCUCGAAGAAUUACCACAAGCUCUCCUGAGACAAUAUGAAUACGAGGAUGGUUCCGUUCGAGCCGGUUUGCAUCUUAUGCAUUCCGACUUUUUCAAAGUGUUGGUGGCUUUGGCUGCUGAUUUGGAACUAGAUAAAAUGAUCAGUCUCGCAGACAACCACAAAUGGUCCUGGUUUAGACGUUACUGCCAUGCUGCAAGAGUUUCAAAAGCUCUUAUACACAGAACUCCACUUCCGAUGAGUUUUUGCGAGGAGGUCCGUAAAAAAUUAACAGACCACAUGGAAGAACGCACUGGCGAACAUCACGAUCACGAGAAACACACAAUUUUCAAGAAGGAACACGACGAGCAACUGCUUAUAUGGUUAAAUAGACGUCCGGAAGAUUGGACCUUGUCAUGGGGCGGAUCUGGAACAAUUUACGGUUGGGGGCACAAUCAUAGGGGCCAGCUUGGCGGCGUGGAAGGUGCCAAAGUAAAACAACCCUCUUCCUGUGAGGCGCUGUCUAGUCUGCGACCGAGCCAGUUGCUGGGCGGCGAACAGACCCUAUUUGCCGUCACUACGGACGGAAAGGUGUACGCAACUGGAUAUGGCGCUGGCGGCCGAUUAGGUAUCGGCGGUACCGAUUCCGUGUUGGUGCCGACCUUGCUCGAAUCGAUUCAACACGUGUUUGUGAAAAAGAUCGCCGUUAACUCGGGGGGAAAGCACUGUUUGGGUCUCUCGUCAGACAACGACGUCUACUCUUGGGGAGAAGGCGACGACGGCAAGUUGGGACACGGCAACAGAACGUCGUAUGAAAUUCCAAAAUUGGUCGAAUCUCUUCAGGGAUAUGAAAUAGUGGAUGUCGCUUGUGGAGGUGCUCAUUCGGCCGCAAUCACAAGCUCUGGGCAAUUGUAUACUUGGGGAAAAGGAAGAUACGGGCGUCUUGGACAUGGAGACAGCGAAGAUCAACUAAAACCAAAAUUGGUAGAGGCCUUACUGGGAAACAGGGUAAUUGAUGUGGCCUGUGGGUCUGGUGAUGCUCAAACGUUAUGUAUUACGGACGAUGAUAACGUGUGGUCGUGGGGCGAUGGAGAUUAUGGUAAAUUGGGUCGGGGUGGUUCGGAUGGAUGCAAAAUUCCAAUGAAAAUUGAAAGUUUGGCCGGAUUGGGUGUGAUAAAGGUUGAAUGCGGCUCUCAGUUUUCCGUUGCCCUCACUCGUUCUGGAAGCGUGUAUACUUGGGGCAAGGGAGAUUAUCACAGAUUGGGCCAUGGUAACGCCGAUCACAUAAGAAGGCCCAAAAAGGUGGCGGCUUUACAAGGGAAAAAAAUAAUAAGCAUAGCUACCGGUUCCUUGCAUUGUGUGGCUUGUUCGGAUGAAGGGGAAGUUUACACCUGGGGCGAUAAUGACGAGGGACAACUUGGCGAUGGAACCACUAAUGCCAUACAUAGACCUAGACUGGUCUCUUCAUUGCAAAGCAAAAAAAUAAGUAACGUUGCUUGCGGAUCGGCACAUACUCUUGCAUGGUCCACCAGUAACGCAGGAUCUCCGUGCGCACGCCUACCAACCAUAUCUCCAAUUGAAUACGACCUCCUCCAAGACAUACCUUCCUUGGUGUUACAUCAAAGAUUGGUUCUGUUGCAUCAUUUCGCCGAACUAAUAUGCCCGUGCAUAACGAUGUUCCCAAUUACUGGAAGAGACUCUCUUCACGAGCUCCGAAGCAUACUUGUUUACACAAUAAAAGAGGCAACGUUUAGGAAAGUUGUGCAAGCCACAAUGGUGAGAGAUAAGCAUCACGGGCCAAUAGUUGAACUGAACCGAAUUCAAGUGAAACGGUCGAGAUCUCGAGGCGGUUUAGCCGGAGUCGACGGCAUGAAAUCCGUCUUUGGACAGAUGGUGACCAAGUUGCCUUUGCUUACCUCGGAAACGUUGGCUCUGCCGCACCGGAUCUGGAAGGUGGAGUUUGUGGGCGAAAGCGUGGACGAUUGCGGCGGCGGAUACAGCGAAAGCAUAGCGGAAAUGUGCGACGAAUUGCAAAACGGAUCUUUGCCUUUGUUGAUUCCCACGCCGAACGGAAGAGACGAGGCCGGUGCUAAUAGAGACUGCUUCAUACUAAACCCCUCUUCCAAAACGUGUUUGCACUUGAACAUGUUCCGGUUCCUUGGCGUUUUGAUGGGGAUCGCGAUAAGAACUGGUUCGCCACUAAGUCUGAACCUUGCGGAACCCGUUUGGAAGCAGCUCGCUGGAAUCGAAUUGACGCCUGCGGAUUUAACUGAAAUCGAUAGGGACUAUGUUCCGGGAUUGUUAUGUAUCAGGGACAUGGGAGCAGAGGAACCGUUGUUCCAGAAUUUGGAGAUGCCAUUUUCCACACCAUCAUCAUGUGGACAGGAUGUACCAUUAAGCACUAAAUACAAAAGAAUUACCUAUGAAAACCGGCUGGAAUAUGUUAAAUUAGCUUUGAGUUUUAGACUUUCCGAAUUCGAUGAACAAGUUAAAGCUGUCAGAGAUGGGAUGUCCAGAGUCGUUCCAGUGCCCUUGUUGUCGCUGUUUAGCGGCUACGAAUUGGAAACCAUGGUUUGCGGUUCACCAGAUAUUCCCUUAACGCUUCUUAAGUCGGUGGCUACGUACAAAGGUGUUGACAGCAGCGCUUCCUUAAUUCAGUGGUUCUGGGAGGUCAUGGAGGAGUUCACCAAUCAGGAAAGGUCUUUGUUUUUACGGUUCGUAUGGGGCCGAACGAGACUACCAAGAACUAUAGCGGACUUUAGGGGGAGAGAUUUUGUCAUCCAAAUAUUGGACAAAUAUAAUCCACCUGAUCACUUCUUACCAGAAAGUUACACUUGCUUCUUUUUGCUUAAAAUGCCUCGAUAUUCUUGCAAACACGUUCUGCAACAAAAGUUAAAAUACGCUAUUCACUUCUGCAAGUCGAUAGAUAAGGAUGAGUAUGCCCGUGUUGCCAUGGCGGGCGAUUUGGCAGUCAGUUCCAGUUCAGAUGCAGAAAGCGACCCAGAGAUGGACAGCAGCAAUUAAUUUCAUUCCCGUCCAUUUUUUUCUUGUUAAUUCAAUGUCUUGAAUUAUAAUGACAAUGUAGGUCAUCCUCUGUAGUAAAAAUAUUCAUCAAUUUUUUAAAUUUCGAAUAUAUCAUUUUGCGCAAGAUUUUUUAUUUAUAUAAAGUUUGAUAUAUAAAAAUUGAUUAAACAUAUUUUGGAUACAUACUACAUUCCUUAAUAUACUGUCAAUUGAAAUAUUACCUGUUAAAUGUAACAAACUUAUAUAUGAAAACAUUAAUACUCAUACCAUCAUGUUUACUACUAUUAUUAUGCUUCUCAUUUUAGGAAUUAGAUAUCGUAAUUACAUUGACGAUAUCCUUAAUACAUUUUAUGUAUUAAUUCAGCAUUUAGUUUUCAAUUUUAUGUGAUAAAUGCUGCUGUACAAAAAGCUAGUGCACACUGGAUUUAACAAUUAUUCUCUUUAACCUAUUGAAUUUCGUUAUUUAAUGGGGUUAAGUUGUAUUUUACAAAAGUAUUUUGUUAAAGUAUACUUUAUAUUUUUCAUUGUAUCUAGUCAUAUAUUUAUUACAAUAAAUGGA